AUGAACAUACCGCUCAAGGUUGUAGUGCGUCUGUGGUCUGACCAGUCGGCAGAUAACAAAACGUGCAACCGUGCCAGCGAUGACCUGCAGGAUGAGGAUGAGAACCAUCUCAAAAGUGCCGGAGGGCGUACGUUCCGUUUUUCGCACGUAUACCGUACACCGAUCAGCAACCAGCUGCUGUACUUUGAGUCCGUCGCCGGUCUCAUGGAAUCCGUGCUGGAAGGGUACGACUUUUCCAUCGUCACGUACGGUGCCAAGGGCACGGGCAAAACGUACACCUUGUACGGCGGCCCAAAUGUCAUCGCGGGAACACAUGAAGACGACGGCAUUGUGUUAUGCUUUGUGCGGGAUCUGUUUUGUCGCCUGAAUGCACACCCGGAGCGUAUGUUUUCGAUCAGCAUUGCGUGGAGUGAAAUCACCGCCAGUGGUGAUGUGAUCGAUGUGCUGGAGAAUGCCGCCAUGGUACAGUGUUUCUCGGUGGAAGAUACGUACGCACUGCUCGGGCUGGGACUGCACCGACGCAAUGGAGAAAAUCACAGUAUUCUUAGCUUAGUGCUGGAGCAACAGUGGACGUCCGUUGGAGGGAUGAACCAGCACCGCCAGUCUACCAUCAGCUUUUGUGACCUGCGUGGUUCUGAGCGAGAAAGGGUAGAAAAGGAACUGCUUCCACUCGAUGCAGGUUUGCGCAAGCUGGAAGACAUCGUUGUUAGACGCAACGAACAGUACAAUGAGUCAGUGUUGACCGCUUUUUUGAAGGAUUCUUUCGGCGGCCGGGCUCAAACACUGCUGCUACUGUGUGUGGCAUCAUCCGCACUGGAAGCGGACAGUAUCGUGCUUGAUCUGGAGUUUGGCGAACGAGCGGAAGAAAUUGUGAACCACGUUGUGAUGAACACCUUUUCGGAUAAUAAUGUUCCGAUCGUGGCACUAAACGAGCAUGAUCUCCUCGGUGGACCGAACAACAACAUCGAUGGGCUGUACUUUGCCUCCCAGCAGUGGGCCAAACUGUUGAAAAAUGCGGAAUGUUUGUUUACGAAGCUUUUCAGCACGUGCGAGCUUAACCAAACGGAACGGAGUCAGAUCGAAGAAUGGUUGUAUCUAAAGGCGGAAUGUGAUGAUUGCUUUAGUUCGACCGACAUUAGCCUUGCAACCGGUGCCCAGCCCGUCCGCGCGUGUCUCGGGCCGAUCGAGGAGAUCGACGAAGCCGAAGACAAUACGGUGCACGGAAGCAGUAAGGUCCCGUACCACUCGGACAAUGAGAGUGAUUCCGACAUCUGUACACAUCUAACGGACGUUAGUGAUCGUAUCCAGAGUUACAUUAAAACCUUCCAAGCUAAAACGAACAAUCUGAUCAUGGAAAAGUAUCAGGACUUUUUUCAAACGCAUCCCACCGGAGUUGAUGCGCUGGAAUCGGCUGAUCACGAGCGGAAAUUGCAUCCGUCCGAUGGGGGAAGUAAUUUUCACAAUCCUGCUAGAAGGAAAUCAAUCUUUGACGGUGAAACGGUAAGCAGUACCGAAAUGGCACUAAUGAUGCCACUGAAAAGUGAAUCCGUGCCAGCGGCACCGACCGUGCUGGACAAAAAGCUGGAAACGCUGAACAGUAACCUUCGCAUUUGCCAAACCAGCAUCGAAUCGUUGCAUGCACAGAUCGAAGAAAUACGCCGCACGAUCGCACUCAAGCAGAAGUACAUAACGGAUCUGAUCGAGAACAGUGAGACGCGCUCGGUGGCUAAAUCACGCUUUAGCAAGAAAAAGCAUAAGCUCGAGGCGGAAUACGAAAAAGCGAAAAAGCAACUCCGCAAGGCUGUCGUGAACGGUACGAACAAAGAGGAAAUCAAUCGACUGAAAAGCCAAACAUCACAGCUCGAGCAACGGCUAAAAGAUCUCGACUCGAUUGGAUUCAUCGCCGGCGAAUCGGGACACAAGAAGAAAAAGCUGCAACAAUCCAUCAAGGACUCGCAGAAGCAGCUCGACGUACUGCAGCGCAUGCUGAAGAAAGAGCUCGACCGGAAAGAAUCGCUCGAAAAGGAGCUGGAAACGGCUCAGAAAGAGUCGCGUGCAGGGCGAACAAACAACAACAACGGCUUGCAAGAGAUGAGCGAAAGCAAGAGCAAAAUUCGCAACAUGAACGAUCGUAUCUCGCACAUCGAGCACGUGCUGAAGGAAAAGUCGAGCAAUUUGAAAAAGUACGUUAACAAGAAGAGUGCCGAAAAGGAGUCACUUCGCUGCGAGAUACGCAACCUGCGACGGACACGUGACCAUCUGGUCGAGCAACGGUGUCAGUUGGAUCGGAAGAUACGCGAAGACAAGAUGCCAUCGUUCGAUGAAGAGCGCAAGCUGGUCGAGUGUGACGAAGCGAUCGAGGCGAUCGAUGCAGCGAUCGAGAUGAAGAACGAGCUGAUCUGUGGACGGAAGAGCAUCGAUACGGAUGAAAGUUUGCAGCGCGAGAAGGGCGAACAGAUGCUGAUGGCACGGUUGAACAAGCUGUCGCUUGACGAGAUGCGCACGUUGUUGUACAAAUACUUCCAGAAGGUGGUCGAUCUGAAGGAAGCGAGCCGGAAGCUGGAACUGCAGUUCAUUUCGCUCGAGCGCGAAAAGGACGCCUGGGAGUGGCAGGAAAAGAUCCUCACCAACACGAUCCGCCAGACGCGAUUGGAGAAGGAACGAUCGAUCGUGGCACUGCAGAAGCAGCACGAAACGAAGCUGAAUCUAAUGUUGCGCCACUUUGCCGCCGAUACGUCCGCAUCGAUCUCGAGCACCAUACCGGACAGUGUGCUUCCACCGUACCACACGCAGACGGAAUUUGUGCUAGGGUCGGGCUCGGCACGGUACCAUCACCAUCACGUACAGUACGAGUCGGACGGUGGUACAAGCGGCGAACCUCAACUGCUCACCGGACACAGCGCUUCCAAACAGUUGGCACACUACAAGCCGAACGCACUUCCCGUUUCGGGACCAUCCGGCGUGCUGGGACAUACCUCAAAUUCCGCCCUAACGCAGCAUCAUCGUAACAGUGGUGCAGGCACGGUACAAACACCACUCGUAGCGAUCGCCGAGAAAGAACAUCGGCCGAAGAGUAAACUGUUCUCGAAGUUGCAGGUCCUGUCACGCUACCACGGUAGCGAUAAGCGGAAAAUCUUCCAAUCCGACAUUCCGCAACAGAAUCUCAAACAGCUCCAGGGCGCUUCGAGACCCUCGCUUACGAAGGUGACGCGCGAAAAGAACAAAAUCAUCAUCCAGAGUGAUGGGGGCAGCAAAUAG